CUGUCAAAGGAAAGCCACACAAGUUGCAAAUGACAACAGAAAAUAGGGAAUACAAGAUAAAAUAAAAUAUACGAAAGAAUAUAGUUUUUAUCGUCUAGAUAUAACAUUAUAUGUCUUGCAAUUAAAUCCCCGGCGUAAUGGGUAAGCACAGAACAGCCCAACAGGAUGCAAUCUUCGUAGCAUUCAUGGAACGGCAUCCAAUCAUCUCGAAAAAUUAUCUUAAAGGCGACAAGCAAGCGGCGGAGGCAGCGUGGAAGAGAUUGUCAAAUGAACUAAAUAGUGUUGGACCCCCUGUCAAGGAAGCCAGCGAAUGGAAACGGGUUUGGAAAGACUGGAAAAGUUGUAUUCGAAAAAAAAUUACUAAUAAUCGGCUAGAGGACUCUAAGGCUACUGGCAAAGGAUCGCUAUACCAAGAUACUCUCACUCCCCUGGAGGAUGCAGUUGCUGUAAUCUGCGACUUAUACGAUAUGGCAGACACCAUCGCCGAAGCCUGUCCCAGGGCUCAAUCUGAAAUGAGCCACGGAGUUUCUCUAAAAUGCAUAAAAACCGACCAAGACGAUUCCACGGUGACAGAUAAUCACGAGUAUGAGGAUGAAGAUUGCUCUAUCAAUAUUAGACCUUUGAGUGUUCAGUUAGAGCAUAGCUUUAGCGCUAACACUUCACAUACUACUCAUAAAAAAAGAAAGCGUAGUAAAGAAAAUGCUUCAGAAAUGGAACAAGAACGUUCUGUUCCGGUUCUUUUGGAUAUAGCAAGAGAGCUUAGUGACUUAAAUAGACGAUCCCGCUUAAACGCCCAGCGAACUAAAGCUAACACCGAUGCAUUAUUAGCACUGGGUACGCAGAUAGCGGAUUUAAUGCAGCAGCAGUUAAAGGAACGUAAGCGACUUAACGCCAUAAUGGAGAAAUUUGUACUGAAAAUGGAAUCCACCGAUUAGAGCCAACAAAAAGAUUGAAGAUGAUCGAUUGAAAAUAAUUUUAAAUAUCCGAUUUUUCAAUUCGCUAUUAGCUAAUCAUCUUUGAUAAUAAAAAAAUAAAUAAAAAAACUA